AUGCACUCUACCAUUAAAAAAAAAACCUCUCUAGCAAUGCACACCAAACUGAGCAUGUGCACAAUGGCUACAUUUCAGUCUGUCUUAUCAGGAGAUAAGACAUAGGCAUUUGAACAAGAGGAGGAGCAGAGAAGUCAGGAUCAAACAGCCUUUUUACACAAUGCAGAGGAUUAACCCCUUAGGUUCCACAGUGAGUAUAACAAGCAUGCUUUACUGCCAGGGGCGGACUGACCAUUUGAAAACUCGGGCACUGCCCAAGGGCCCGGGGUCAGUAGGGGGCCCCAUGAGAUGCCCCUGGUACCUU